AUGGACUCCCUGGUCGGGUUCGGUUUCAAGGCAGACCCAUUUACGCCCCAAAAAUGGGUAGGCGUGUUCUUACCCCCAACCAUCAUCCUCGUCGCUUUCUUCCUUGACCUUGCAUCAUCAAUCUCGUAUCCCAAAGUCUGUCAGGCGAUAUGGCGCUGGUCUACAGCCCCCUUCCGAAACUUCUUGAGUUUUGAUGACCUCUUGGAACCAGUUGACCAGACACCGAGGCAAUAUAAACACAAAACCGGUGCCCUUAUUGGACUGGCUCUCCUGGCUUUCGUAGGAUGGGUGGGAUGCAUGACGUAUGGGGUCUCUACAAACGAUCAUGAGUAUGCUAUUAGGGCGUUGGUAUUUUCCGUUUCCUGGUGCUAUAUUGUAUUGAAGCUGGCCAUCACGCCCCCUUUAACACCCCCAUACCUCGUCAUUGUUUUCGGGAUCACGUCUGCGCUUCUAUCUUUGCUUUCAUUGGGAAAUGAUAUUGGAUCGGCUCGCGGGUGGAAUGACGCGCUCUUCGAUUUCGGGGCCAUGAUCGUGCCUGCCACAUUUGUAUGGCUUGCAGGUACACUACCGCUGAAGACAUACAAACCUUGUCUCAAUGUCGCAGGGCCCAAAGACAUUCCGUCUGUCAAGCUAUCCUGUCCGGAGGAUAAUGUCAACCUUUGGCAAUGGUGUGGAUUCACAUUUAUCCAACCUAUCCUGGAUCUCGCGAGCAAGAGGACUCUUCACGACGAGGAUGUCUGGUCGCUGUCUCCUUUUUUCCGACACAAGAACCUUUUCCACAAAUUUUUGGAGUACCGGUCCCAGCAUAGUUCACAUAGCCUCCUUCGGUUCUUGAUCGUCUCUAACUCGUUGGACCUGAUUCUUGACGUUGUCCUAGAAAUGUGGAGUGCUACCGUCGGCUUUGUCCCGCCUUAUGCUCUCAAAGAAAUCCUGGCAGCGCUCGGGGAGAACACUCAAGAAGCCAGACGUCAUGCAUACUACUGGUCUCUCAUCACAUUUGUUGUGCACCUCUCCUUUGCCCAGAUUGAUCUCUUCCAAGCCUGGCACACACGGCGGUGUUACGAGAGAACUCGCGGUCAACUAUUCUGCACCUUGCACUACAAGUCCUUGAAGAGACAAGAUGUGAGUGGCAGGGUAAACAGAGAAGGCGAGAAGAAGAACGCAGACUUGGGGAAGAUCGUAAAUCUUAUGCAAGGCGAUUCGUAUACUGUUGCACAGCGUUUCUGGGAAUUUUCAGGAAUUUUCACAUCUCCGGUUCGAAUUGCGAUUGCUCUGACUUUCUUGUACCGAAUUCUUGGUUGGAGCGCCUUAUCGGGCGUAGUAGUCGUACUCGUGGCAUUUAUUCUCAACUAUCCCUUGGCACAAUACGAGCUUCACAUCACAAGAGAAGGUUGGAAAGCCAAGGACUACCGAAUGAAUACGAUCAACGAACUUCUCCAGAAUAUCAGGUUCUUGAAGUUCUACGGUUGGGAAUAUACGUGGUCGCGGAAAGCACAACAGGCGCGAGAGUCAGAACUAAGCUGGCGCGUGAAGGGAAACGUUGUCGAUACCAUGAUUUCCUUCAUUUGGGUCUGGAUGCCUUCUGCCACUGCAUUGACUUCGUUUUUGUGCUACACGCUCGUCGCCGGAGAACAACUGACCGUCUCGAAGGCUUUCACUUCAAUUGCCCUUUUCAACCAGCUGCAAACACCCAUGGUCGCCUUGCCUGGCCAAUUCCUGGCGAUGCUUCACGCUUAUAUCGCGAUGCAACGUAUUGAAGAGUUCCUUAAGGAAGAUGAGGUGGAAGGCUGGGCUUCCACACUGUCGGCGCCCCUACAAAAUCAUUCAAAUGGCAGCGGCAACGGCAACGGCAAAUCGCAUGAUGCCAUCGGUUUCCUGGAUGCUUCGUUCGAGUGGAAGGAGACAGCAACUGACAUGGUCCCAUCGAGAUUUCAAUUAGGGCCUCUGGACAUCAUUUUCCCACCAGGAAAGUUGACGAUCGUCAGCGGGGGGACAGGUUCGGGAAAAAGUGCAUUAUUGGCAGCACUUCUUGGAGAAAUGCACUGUACUGGUGGUCAAGUUUUAAUCAACAAGACCAGUCAUCAGGUUGCUUACUGUGCUCAGAACCCAUGGCUUGAGCAUGCCACAAUCCGAGAUAACAUCAUCUUCGGUUCUCCUGCUCCAUUCGACGAAGAACGAUAUGAAUCUGUCCUUAGCGUCUGCGCACUCCGGCAGGAUCUGGCUAUCCUUGAUGCUGGUGACAUGACUGAAAUUGGAGAGAAAGGUAUCACACUGUCCGGGGGCCAGCGUGCGCGAAUUGCCCUCGCAAGAGCUAUCUAUUCUCAAGCGAAGUACAUCCUGCUUGACGAUCCUCUGGCUGCAGUGGAUAUGCACACUGCUCAGCAUCUGGUCGGUGAAUGUCUUUCUGGGAAACUCGCCCACGGACGAACAAUUAUUCUCGUGACGCAUCACAUCACACUUUGCCUGCCAAUCGCCUCUUAUCUUCUCGAGUUGGAUAAAGGACGAAUUCUCCACCAAGGAACUAUACCUGAGCUGGAGGAGCGAGGAUUGCUCCGAGCAGUCAUCGAGACAGAGGAAGAGCCAUUCCCGGAGCCGCAAUCCCCUGUCGUAGAAAGGGUCGUCAAUGAAGCCGACGGAGUUGGAAGUCGUACCCCUUCUCCCCCCCGUCCACAACGUGGUGGCAAUGGAAAGCUGGUCGAAGCAGAGGCACGGGCAGAGGGACGUGUUUCGCUUCGUAGUUACGUCACAUACCUGCGAGCGGCUGGUACCAUCCCGUGGACCCUGACGGUCGCCGUCCUUCUUUUAAUUCGAGCAAUCACCCUGGGGAAUCAGGUCUUCCUAGCUAGAUGGGGCGAGGCUUACGAGGAAAAAUACCCAGAAGUCGCCAGAAUCACUCGACUAUUGAAGCAUCCCUGGGAGAACCUUCCUUCGCCUAAUGACAAUGUGAAACCUUGGUUGAUGAUAUACCUGUAUAUCUCCAUCGCAGGGGCUGCCGCCGUGCUGACUUAUAUCAUUCUGGGCUACUAUACCAGUUUGCAAGCCUCACGGUCCUUGUUCAUCGCCCUCUUGCAACGAUUGACGCGGGCGCCUGCCCGGUUCUUCGAUACUACCCCGAUUGGCCGUAUACUGAACCGCUUUACGACCGAUAUCAGCACCAUCGAUUAUGCACUCCAGGGUUCUGCGAGGAACUGCCUUUCAGGAAUCCUAAAUUUCAUUGUCUCUUUCGGCGUGAUGCUGUUCCUCGUACCAAGCUUUGUGCCAUUCGCACUUUUCAUCGCAUGGUUGUAUAUUCGACUUGCACCACCGUACAUUCAAGCCUCGCGGGAUCUCCGAAGACUCGAGUCGAUUUCAUUAUCUCCCGCUUUUGCCGGAUACGACGAAUUGUUGCGGGGCAUAGUACACAUUCGUGCCUUCGGAAUGGAAAGCCGUUAUCAAGAUCGAUUCUACGCCAGGGUUGACAAAUUCCAGUCCUUUGACCAUGUUUAUUGGCUCGUGAACGGGUGGCUACGCUGGCGCUAUGACUGCCUGGGCUCUGUGGUCGUUUUCGCUGCGACUUUGUGUGCGCUUGCCGCAAAGAUCAAAGACGGCUCUGCAGCUAUUGUCAUCGUACAGGCUGGUAUAUUCGCGGAUGCCAGUCGUCAGCUGGUGAAAGUCGCGGCCCAACUGGAACUUGAUUUCAAUAGCGUCGAACGCGUGGUCGAAUAUCUCGAUGUACCACAAGAAGCCCCUGCCAUCAUCGAGAAGAAUAGACCACCCGCAUAUUGGCCUUCGAAUUCUGGCGAAUUGAUCGUCGAAGAUUUGGUUGUCCAGUACGCUCCGCAGCUACCCGCUGUUUUGCAUGCUAUUUCGUUUGUCGUACGACCUUCAGAGAAGAUUGGAGUUGUUGGAAGAACUGGGUCAGGAAAGUCAACAUUAGCUAUGUCUUUGUUGCGAAUGGUUGAGCCUACCGGUGGAAAAAUCAUCAUCGACGGGAUCGACAUAUCGACCCUGGGUCUCGAGGACUUGCGCACUCGGAUAACUAUUGUCAGCCAAGAUGUCUCACUCUUCUCUGGCACCAUCAGAAGCAAUCUCGACCCUCUAGGGAUAUGCACAACAGAGGAGUGCAUGCAAGUACUGGAGAGAUGCCAUCUUUUGUCCUUGCUCAACCACAAGUCGACGGAAGAGCACCCGACGGUGUUGGACAUGGAGAUCAACCAAGGAACUCUUAGCGCUGGCGAGAAACAACUCCUCGCUUUGGCUCGUGCGACUCUGAGACGAACCAACAUUAUUAUCAUGGACGAGGCAACGUCGCAGAUUGACUCCAACCUCGAUGACAAGAUACAGCGGACGAUUCGAGAGGAACUGUCUGGUGCAAUCGUCAUAACAAUCGCACAUCGCCUGAAGACAGUCAUGGAUUACGACCGCAUCCUCGUUCUCGAUGCAGGGAAAGUUGUCGAAUUUGACACUCCGCAAAUUCUUAUCAACACGCGAGGUGGUGCCUUCCGAGGGAUGUGCAGGAAGAGCGAUGGAGGAUUCCAACCAGCCGUCAUGGACUCAAUGACGACCCCGCCUAUACCAAUUGUGGCGGGCAAUGUCGCACAGACUGCGAUACUGCCAUUAACCCCCAACGGCCACAUGCAUCCCGCGCCAUCACCUACGGACGUGGGUCGUACUUCGAGUAUCACACUGCCCUCUGCUGGACGGACGUCAACAUCAACGAGCACGCCAACCACUAUUGCUGCGCAGGUGGCAAGCACGCCUUCUUUCCUGUCUCAACCCAGCGGGUCCAAUCCCGAAACGGCGUCUUCAACACCCUCUGCACCAUACACAUACGUCGGUGACGCGUCGAACACUCCCCCCGCCGAGUUGACUGAGUGGAAAGUGAUCGGCAUCGCCGUGAUGACAAUCACAUUCAUCGGAAUAGUCGUCGUUUCUGUGACGUUCUUCGACUCGUGGUGGCGACUGCUGCGAGAGGUCUUUUGCUGCGGGCCGAGGAAAUUUGGGGAACCUUUUGAGGGCCAGGAAACCAUGGUGCCCGACUGGGACAAAAGGAGCUGGGAGUUCAGGCUCGCAAGCGAGGACGGACACCGAUACCCAACACUCGCCUCGUUGGAGUCGAUCGCGAAGGAGAAGGAAAGGUCGGAAGCAAAGUCGAGACAGACUGACGAGGAAGUGCGUGAAGCGUACAGCGUGGGCCUUGCGACGCCUGAGUUGGCUUAUAAAGGAUAG